ACAGUUUUGAAAGUUAAUCUGUAAGACUCUGUAACAGAUCAACUACCAAAGCAUAUCUGUACGCAAACUAACAUGUCUUUAACUUUUUGUGUUCUUAUUACAUAAACCAAUAUUCUAAACUUGUUUAUGCGAAUUGGUUUUGAACACCUUUGCUCCAGAUUUUGCAUCUGGAGGCAUGUUGCAUGGGGUUGGUCCGUAUUUAACAGUGGUAAUGAUUGAACUGCUAUUGCUUACUCAGAUUGUUGUCUUUGAUUGUUAAUUUAUAUUUUGUUAUCUAGGGAUAUCAGUACUACAGAAACCUGUGCAGUUGCUUACUGGCAUGGUUGUCUUUGAUUGUUAAUUUAUAUUUGUUAUCUAGGGAUAUCAGUAUUACAGAAACCUGUGCAGUUUGAUGUAGUUGAUAACAAAGACUCAGAAUCAAAAUGUUUACGACAAAAAUAUUUUUUCUUAGAAAGUGUUUUCUGUUGAAACAAAAGGACCGUUAGUUUCAAGAAGAGGGAGAGGGGCAAGGAAUUCUGUCAGUAUGUUUUAAGUCAGUCACCUUCAAAUGAGAAGUGUUUUCUUUUAGUUUUGGGUGGGUACAACUAUGUAUGCAGUACUUGCAGCCGUCCACAAGGCAUCAGAGCCGGCUGUUUAUUCAGACAACUGUGGAAACUCCAAUCAGUAGUACUUUUUUUAUGAUUUUUUUUGUUGGUUUCAUCACUUGGACUUUAGUUGCUUGAGCAGUAUAUAUAACUUAUUGUCAUUGUGCUGAUUAACUGCUUCAGUGGUCUGUUUUCAGUGUUCCCCAAAAAUGGAUUGCUCUUUCUUUUUCAGCCUCCUCUAUUUCUUCCUACUUUCAGUUGGCAUGUCAGCAGCUCUUGUUGCGGAUGAUCGUAGGACGUACAUCAUCCACAUGGACAAAUCAGCAAUGCCUUCUCUUUUCCCAGAUCAUCAUAGUUGGUAUAUGUCAACUCUCUCGUCCCUGUCUUCGCUGAAUGGGGUUCUUCCAACCCAUCUCUAUACCUACAACCAUGUCUUGGAUGGCUUUAGUGCAGUGCUAUGUCGGUCCCAACUUGAUCAGCUGGAGAAAAUGUCUGGUCACGUUGCCACGUACCCAGAAACCUUUGGAAAGCUUCAGACUACACAUACCCCGAAGUUUCUCGGCCUGGAACCAAAUGUUGGGUUAUGGCCUGAAGCCAAUUUUGGGGAUGAUAUGAUCAUCGGUGUAGUUGACACUGGAAUUUGGCCGGAGAGUGAGAGUUUUAGAGAUGACGAAAUGCCCCCCGUACCAGAGAGAUGGCGCGGUACUUGUGAGUCUGGUGUGGAGUUCAACUCUUCUAACUGUAACCGGAAACUCAUCGGAGCACGCUCGUUCAGUAAAGGGAUGAAGGAAGCUGGCUUGAACAUCUCCAAAACGGACGACUAUGAUUCUCCAAGGGAUUACGAUGGACAUGGGACACAUACAUCGUCAACAGCAGCUGGAAGCCCUGUGCAGGAUGCGAGUUACUUCAAUUAUGCAAAGGGAACAGCGAUUGGAAUGGCACCAAAGGCCCGGCUUGCCAUGUACAAAGUGCUUUUCUUCAACUACACAUAUGAAGCUGCUGCAACGGACACUAUAGCUGCCAUGGACCAAGCCAUAGCCGAUGGUGUCGAUAUAAUGUCAUUGUCGUUGGGUUUCUUUGAGACUCCUUUCGAACAAAACCCAAUUGCAGUGGCAGCUUUUACAGCCAUGGAAAAGGGGAUCAUUGUGGUAUGUGCAGCUGGAAAUGGUGGUCCUCAUGGUUUCACCAUUCUCAAUGGAGCUCCAUGGAUCACUACCGUUGGAGCGGGGACCAUCGAUCGAGAUUAUGCCGCUGAAGUGACACUCGGUGACAUCGGGGACCUCACCGUCAGUGGAAAAUCUAUCUAUCCAUUAGACUUGUUAGUCUCCAGAGUCCCUAUAUACUUUGGCUAUGGAAAUAGGAGCAAAGAAAUCUGUGACGACUAUUCUCUGGACCCUAAAGAUGUUGCCGGGAAGUACGUGUUCUGUGACUCAGGAGUUAACACGUUCGAAACAGACAGAGCUGGAGCUGCAGGAGCUAUCUUCAGUACUGACGACUCCAUUUUUCUCCAGCCAGGAGAUUUCAACAAUCCAUACGUGGCAGUGAUUCCAGAAGUCGGAAAUUCGAUCAAAGACUACCUAAUCAAAGCCAAGAAUACAACGGUGAGUAUUAAGUUUCAACUAACAGUUUUGGGUACUAAACCUGCCCCAAUAGUGGUAUGGUUUUCUUCCCGAGGACCGGAUCGUAAAUCGCCAUGGAUACUGAAACCUGAUAUCUUAGCUCCUGGAGUUAAUAUUUUAGCAGCAUAUGCACCAAACAGAGGAAUUGCGCCGAUUGGAGAUGACUACGACUAUUUGCUUAGCGACUUUGCGCUUCUCUCUGGCACAUCCAUGGCGUGUCCCCACGUAGCCGGUAUAUCAGCACUACUAAAAGCGGUACACAGGGAUUGGAGUCCGGCUGCCAUCAGAUCUGCAUUGAUGACCACAGCUUACGUGAUCGACAACGUGAACGGCACGAUCAUCGAUAUGACCACCGGAAUAGCUGGGACUCCUCUUGAUUAUGGGUCAGGGCACAUAGAUCCUAUAAAAGCUAUAGACCCAGGACUUGUUUAUGACUUGGAGGCUCAAGACUACAUCAAUUACUUGUGUGGAAUGAACUACACAAACCAACAGAUCAAGAUCAUCACCAAGAGAUCAAAUUUCAGUUGUGAUCAAGCUAGUCUUGAUCUUAACUACCCGUCUUUUAUGAUCCUCCUCAACAACACUAACACUACUAGUUACAUCUUUAAAAGGGUGUUGACAAGUGUAGUGAAUAGUUCCUCGGUCUACCGUGCUGUGGUGAAUGCUCCAUCGGGCAUGAAAGUGGUUGUGGAGCCGCCGGCGAUAGCCUUUGACGGAAAAUACAGCACAGCCAAGUUCAGCAUGACAGUAGAGGUUGAUGCUGGAGUUGGAAAUGUCAGAAUACAAAGUGAUUCUAUUGUGAAUUAUGGGUAUUUAAGCUGGAAUGAGGUUAAGGGCAAGCAUGUAGUGAGAAGUCCUGUUGUUGCUGCUUUUGCACCUUAUCCAAGAGCAUGAAAGGUGAUAGAACUUGGAAUUGCCAAAACGGAAUGUCAAAGUCAAAUUUUGACACCUUACGGUUCUAAAAGUUGCAAAAUUUGGCAGCCAUGCUGAAACGGGUGAAAUGAUGAUAUUUUUUUUUUCUUCUUUUUAUUUAUAAAAAAUUAUAUUUGUGUGUGCUAUGUUAAAUUUAGCAGCUCAAAUAGCAGAUGAACUAAUGCUCUCUUUGUCCAAUUAUAAUAAUGGUAGUGGCUACAACAAUUGCGUCA